CUGAUGGUCCCCCAGGCUGAUAUGUGUCCCCAAACAGCAUCUACUCUCAUACGUCUCACCCCCCCAUCUGUCUCUAGGACUGUCCCAGCCAGACGCCCCAGCCAUGGGCAGAGCCCUGCUGCCACAGCAUGACACCUGGGAAAGGGAGCUCCCGCCUCAGCGCCCCCUCUGGAGAGCAGGGGGUCCUGCCAUGCUGAGGGUCCUGCUCCUCGCCCUGCUCUGGAGGGGGUCCCUGUCCCAGCCACCUGGAUUUAUCCUGGCGGUGCCGCAGUCAGUGUCCGUGCAGGAAGGUCUCUGCGUUCUCGUCCCCUGCAACUUCACAUACCCAGCCUCGUAUGACACCGACAAUCCCUCGACCCAGGAAUACGGACACUGGUUCAAGGAGCCUGCUACUGUGGGCCAGGAUCAUUCUGUGGCCAGCAGUGUCCCCAGCUCUUGGGGGUCACAGGAGACCCAGGGCCGGUUCUGGCUGACGGGGGAUCCAGCGCACAGCGAUUGCUCCCUGCAAAUCAGUGAUGCCCGACGGACGGAUGCAGGGAAAUAUUACCUUUACGUCGAGAAAGGCAUGUUUGAACACACUUACUGCUCCAAUUCUGAUGGCACUGGCCCUGCGCUCAUCAUCUCCGUGCUAGAGCUGACGAAGGAGCCAGAGAUCCAGAUCUCGCCGGCGCAGGGGAGGCCAGGGAUGCUGGUGGCCGGGGAGCCGGUGACUAUGAACUGCACGGCCCCUGGGCGCUGCUCCGGGCCCCCUCCCCAAGUCACCUGGAUGGGGCCAUUCAGCGACACAGCCCGGAACAUCUCAGCCCAGCUGGCGAACAGCACCUGGGCCCACAGCUCCGCGCUCAGCUUCACGCCUGCCCCAUGGCAGGAUGAUGGCAAAGAGCUCGUCUGCAGCGUCACCUACAGCUCAGCACAGGGACCUUCAACAAACAGAACCAUCCGGCUCCACAUCGGCUGUGAGUGA